UACUGAUAUCAUACAUAAAAUUAUUAAUGUUGUAGGGUGUAAAAUUGGAACAAACUGAUGUUUGAUACUCUUAAUCUCAGGGAAUUUACGGCAAAACAAAAAAUAGGCGUUUAACAUUAAUGAUUUAUUAAUCCAAGUUUGUUUGGACAAAAUAAUACUACAUGUAUCAGAUUUCAUUGAGGUCGCACUGUCGAAAGUCUUCGGAUACCGAUCGAGUUCAAAGUACAUACUUGAUUAUAUUGUAUGCGGAGCGGAGAAUACCAAACAUUCGGUGUUUACAUGAAUAACAUGUAUUACAUGCAGCAUGAUAUCACGUGUAGUACAUGGGGAAUUUUCGCUGACCUAGUUGGAGGAAGUACUUCCUAUCUGACACGACAUAUAAGCUUGUGAAUUAUAUCAAUUCAGCUCAUGAUGGCGGAGAGUUCAACGGAGAGCGGGGGAAUGCUUCAAUACUUAGUUGUGAAGAAGGUAGAUGUGUGCGUAUGUAGUGGCAGCCAUUCAGACAACGUGCAGGGCCUCAUCCAGCAGAUCGAGGAAGACAUGCCAGACGUCGUAGGAAGCGUGAGGUUUCAGACUCUCCCUUACAACAUCAGCGACAUGAAUAGGUUUGAUUUCAGUGGGAUAGAUGUUCUACUUCUAUGUCAUUCUAUAGAGAACAGGCGAUUCUCACUUACCAAUGUUACCGAUGCUCUGUAUGAUGGUUUCUUACCGAAGGCAAAGAAGUUUGUGGGGAAGAGCAAAGUUGGGGUGAUCGCCCAUGAUUUUCCUGAGGAGGCACGCACAGGAGAAAACCUGACUUCUCGGAUGGAAUCAUUCCGUAACAAUCAGGAGACAACAUUUACGAGUUCUUCCGUAGUUCUAAUCGGUGGUCGUCUCCAUCAGGUUCCCGUAGAGAUUAAUCAAGAACAGCUUAACGAACUCAAACAAUUCUUUCGUUUUGCUUCAUCACCCCCGCCUGAAGAGGCUGCAGAAGUUUGCUUAAGGAGACGAUCAUGCAUUUUAUGCCUUCCAUUUGUCCAAUGCUGCAUGAAGAUGUUUCCUUGUUGUAGGCCUCGGCAGAACGUGGGAUGCCUUGCUUACUCUGUUCAACAUGAUGGUUCCCCUUACGCUAUCAGCAGAGAUGACAAUAUGGCAUGAGUGGCUAAUCUACCGAAGCCGCGAAAUCCACAAAAGUAAUCUCAUACCGCAGUUGCUUUUGAAGAGAAAGACAGUACAGAAAAAACAGAUCACAUUUCCUGAGACACACAGUCACUAAUGCUUAGCUUAAAGGUAAUACAAAGUUUUGGUAUGGGGUCAUGAAUUUGGUUCAAAUGAAC